AUAAGCACAAGAAAAUGUCAAGCAGUACAGUAAAUAUGACGCAGGAAAACAGCCACGGGACAGCAUAUUUACCACCAGUCCCUAGUAGGAAAGAACCCGACUGCUGAGAAAGCGACAAAAACGAAACCGAAAGGGAAAUCUGCUGAGGUUACCACGUGAUCCCAGAAAUAAAAACAGAUCAAGCCGUAAACAAGACUGAAAUUAAGACUGAGCGCUAAGGAGGAUCUCUUCCAGCAGUGGGACUUUAAUUCCUUUGGAUCUGCCGGCAAGUAUUCAGGCGAAAAAUGCAGCUGAAGUUCCCAAAAACCAUUGCUGAAUUCGUUAAAGGGUUAAGUGAGACAACCUACGGUUCCUGCCUCUUGUACCUGAGUAAUUUCUCCCUUGCCAUUGGUUAUAAUGCUUUGCUAUUAUAUGCCCUUGUCUGGGAAGCUGGGAAUAUCAUCAGUCUUCCCACCAAAAGAAUUGGCUUCUACAAUUUCUGUUUGUGGAAUCAGAAAGCAGAACUGGAUUGCCUCAUGAUCAAAGAAAUAGAGAAGUUGGGAAUUAGCAACGUUGCACUGGUGCUAUCAAGACUGUGUGUAUACAUCAGCCCCGUUUUGUGUCUCUUCAGUGCCAGUACAAUCGUGCAGCAGGCCUUUUCCUCCAAAGACAGAGAUGGGUGGAAACUGGCUCAGAUUCUUCUGUCUGUUACCAGUGUGAGUUUGCCUGUUGGUCUCAUUUUGUUUAUUUUUUCCACUCAGAAAUGGAUUCAAGUCUCUGAACUCAGUGAGGGUUUUGCAGCCCUAGUUGGAGCUUACAUUUUACUUCUCCUCCAUCUGCUCAUAAUUAGCCUCUACCUUGCAAAGUACAAAAACACUCUUCAUAAGAGACCUUUGACUGCAGCCUAGAGCCUUCCAUGAGUUUUUGUUCAAUUGACACACUGAACUGCAAAAUAGACUACAAGAAUUUGUCAUGCAACACCAUCCUCUAUUUACAGUUCAGUGAAUUUUGAACCCAGAAAAUUGAGUUCAGUAAAUCUUAGUUGGAUAUGGAUAACUUGCUUGACAAAUGUGUGGCAGCACCUGAAUGUAACACACACUAUAUGAGUGGCAGAACCAGUGCAAAGACACCUUCCAAGGCUGAAUAAAUUCAGAGAAAUGCUUUCCAAUGUAUGUGAACUGGAACGGAGGUAACACUCUUACCACUAUACUUAAUGCAUAGCUUCCCCUAUUUCAAAGGCUGGAAGAUCAACUAAAGCUGUUUUAAGAGGAAACACAUUCGAUUUAAGAAUUGUGCUAAGUUUGGGGAAA